UCAAGAAGGAAAUGGCUGUCAUGGUAAAACAUAGAGUUAAUUGUGCACCGUCUGUGAUUUAUUAAGUUAAUAAUUAAUAAUUUACGUCUUCGAAAAGCAUGUCGCGAAACACAAAGUGGCAACUCGCGGUCAUUGCUGGAAUAUCAGAAUGUUUAGUUUACGCAGAAGCAAAAUAUUGUGCCUUUGAAAUACAUGGAGAACCAAAGUAUUAUGCGUGUCCACAAACAGAGUACUGCUGUAACUUUGGUUGUUGUGUGUCACCAGGGUAUCAAAUUUAUCACCUCUGGUAUUAUUGGUUACUGGUAAUAAUUAUGUUUCUGGUAUGCUCUGGUGGGGGUUGGUGGUAUCGGUACUGGUUACAAGGAAGAUAUAGGACAGCAGCUUCUGCCAUUCCGAGUAGAUCUUCCAGUUCAAGGGUACAUAAUCCUCUUCGAGGUCCAACAUGUCAAGCUCAACAAGCCAGAAUAUCGUACAAUACAGCAAGAAAUACCGUCCUUUUACACAGAAUGUGGAAAGCACAAAGGAGCGUAACAUCGCCAGCGUAUUGCAACACUGGCGGGGCAGCCAGCUCAGCCACGCACUAUCAAAAUACCUCGGUGGUGCUGAAUGACGCGAACUGUCCAUAUUACCAGUUAUAUGGACCGCCGCCGAGUUAUGAGACUGUGAUUGCGCAGACGAGGGGCAAAAUGUCGAGUCCAUCGUCAUCGCCGGAGUUGCGGGUUCAUCCACGAGUGCUGCAGCCGCCAGCCCCAUCCUCGGGGGACACAGCUUUUCAGUGCUACUACAACGUCGCCGCGAGGAUGCCACUCGAGGGGGCACCGCAAUACCAGCAGCAGCCCGCAGGUCAGACAGCUGGAUUUGACACGGCCGAGUACGUGCGGCUGGUGCAGCAAUACGGACCCGAGGCCGCGAUGAUUCAAUCGCCAAGACACCAACUUACUAGGUACAAACAGACUGAAUUUGAAGAUGAUAAUACCAGUAGCAUUGGCUCUAUCGCAUUGAACAGCGAACGCAUUAGCACGUCUGCAACCCACAUCCGAUAUCAUUCGGGUUCAUCAUUAUGGCGAGCAAGAAGUACUCUAGAAAGAUGUCUUUUUAUCAUAUGUGUGGCUUUGUUACUCAUGGUCGUUGUACUUUCUAUAGUAAUUAGUAGUAAAAAUGGAUGGGAUUCUCAUAUUCUUCAUAUUACUUCACAUAACGAAGGUGAUUCUCACUGCGUAACACAGCAUUGCGUAACUGUGGCAGCCUCGAUAAUAAACAGCAUAGACCAUUCGGUCAAUCCAUGCGAAGACUUUUAUGAGUAUGCAUGUGGCGGAUGGGGAAAAAAGAAUCCUAUACCCGAUGGAAAAAGUAUGUGGGGAACCUUUGGAAAGCUCGAGCAGGAUAAUCAGUUAGUUGUAAGAAAUGUUCUAGAAAAGCCCGAAAAGGUUAUGAAGUCAGAGGCAGAAAGAAAAGCGAAACUGUAUUAUGAGUCGUGCGUGGAUGCGGAUGAAACUAUAGAAUCGCUUGGCGCUAAACCUAUGUUAGAAUUGCUGGAAGUUGUGGGAGGUUGGAGUAUUGAUAAGAAAUUCAAUAUCGACACAUGGUCCUUGCAAAACAGUAUGCAUGUAUUACAAAAUGUAUAUAACAUGGGUGGCUUAUUUUCUUGGGCUGUUAACGAAGAUGAUCGAAAUAGUAGUAGACACAUCAUUCAAAUUGAUCAAGGUGGACUAACAUUACCAACUACUGAUAAUUACUUGAACAAAACAGAGCACAGUAAAGUUCUUGCAGCUUAUCUAGAAUACAUGACCAAGAUAGGCGUAUUACUUGGAGGUGAAGAAAACGCAACUAGAAAACAAAUGCAGGACAUUAUUGACUUUGAGACGAAGAUUGCUGAAAUUACGAUACCUCAAGAAGAACGGAGAGACGAGGAAAAGUUGUAUAAUCUCGUUACUAUAACCGAAUUACAGAAGGCUGCGCCAUUUAUAUCAUGGAUCGAUUAUUUUCAAAAUGCCACUGGUGUAGUCAACAAAACAAUCACCAGCGAUCAAAAAAUAGUUAAUUAUGCGCCAGAGUACUUCAAAAAGCUGUCGAAACUCGUGUUGCAGUACAACAAAACGAAUUCAGGAAAAGUGAUUUUGAAUAAUUAUUUGAUAUGGCAAACCGUACGGUCACUUACUUCAUGUUUAUCAAAGCCAUUUAGAGAUGCCUACAAAGGAUUGCGAAAAGCUUUGAUUGGUUCAGAGGGCAGAGAAGAACAGUGGCGCUAUUGUGUAAACGAUGCUAAUAAUGUUAUGGGUUUUGCCAUCGGAGCUAUGUUUGUUCGAGAAGUUUUUCACGGCAAGAGCAAGCCAAUGGCUGAAGAAAUGAUAAACGAAAUAAGAACAGCUUUUACGAAGAACUUAAAAAAUUUGGAUUGGAUGGAUUGGGAAACACGGAAAUCAGCUGAAGAGAAAGCUAACGCCAUUACUGACAUGAUUGGUUUUCCCGACUUCAUUUUAAAUCCAACUGAGCUUAAUGAGCGAUAUGCUGAUUUAAUAAUCACAAAGAACGAAUAUUUUUCUAAUAAUAUUCGCGUAAAUAAAUAUAAUUUGAUAAAAAAUCUUGAAAAACUUGAUAAACCAGUUAAUAAAACAACGUGGAUUAUGACACCGCCAACAGUGAAUGCCUAUUACACACCAACGAAAAACCAAAUUGUCUUUCCUGCUGGAAUUUUGCAGUGUCCCUUUUUUGAUAUGCAAAAUCCAAGUAGCCUUAAUUUUGGUGGCAUGGGAGUUGUUAUGGGUCACGAACUUACCCACGCAUUUGACGAUCAAGGCCGAGAAUAUGAUUUGCAUGGUAAUCUACACCAGUGGUGGAAUAAUGCUACAAUAGAGAGAUUCAAAAACAGAACUGAGUGUUUCGUCGAACAAUAUAGUAAAUUUGAAAUUGAAGGUCGUCAUGUCAACGGCCGUCAAACAUUAGGAGAGAAUAUAGCCGAUAAUGGAGGGUUGAAAGCUGCCUAUCAUGCAUACUUAACGACAAAAAGAGACUACAAAGAUCAUCUGCCUCUACCAGGGCUCAAUAUGACCCAUCGUCAGUUAUUUUUUCUCAAUUUUGCUCAGGUUUGGUGUUCAGCUGUAACGUCUGAAGCUAUUGGUCUUCAAAUAGAAAAGGACUCUCAUUGCCCAGCAAGAUUCAGAGUCAUCGGUCCUUUGUCCAAUUUAGAUGAAUUUUCGAAAGAAUUCAAUUGUCCCAAGGGUUCUCCAAUGAACCCAAUACAUAAGUGUGAGGUAUGGUAAAAUAAGAAUUAAAAAAAAAACUAAAUAUGGCUCUAAUCUCUCUUUAAUAUAUGAUUUAACAAUAAUUUAUAUACUACUGUAGUUUUAAUUUGAUACGAUGUCAUUAAAAUUAUAGCAAAUUUAUAAAAAUCAUGAAAUGAAACUUUGCUGUUAACUAGUUGUGUUAUAUACCUAUAUGUAUGUAUGUAUGUAUGUAUGUAUGAAUGUAUGUAUGUAUGUAUGUGUGUAUGUAUGUAUGUAUUUAUGUAUUUGUCUACUAAAAAAGUUUAGAAAGCUACAUUUCUUUUACAAUCGUAUACGACUAUUUUAUGAAUCAUUUUUAUGAAACAUUAUCUUAAAGACAAACUUCGUAUAACUAUAUUUUUACGCUAAAAAUACCAAAACAAAUAAAGUCAUAAAUAUAAGUGUAAACGUGGAAUAAGAUUAUUUUGCCAUUAUCUUUUACUUAUACAAAUAUCCUAGAAUAUGCCAUUUCAAAUGUAAAAUUAAAUUUAACAAAAAUAAUGCACAGAAACUAUAACUCAAAGUAAAAGCUUAAUUACCUGGCGUUUUCCACUUUUAUACUUAGAAGAAAGAAUCUUUUCCAUCAAUCAUCUCGAACGAAGAUGAAAAAUAAAAAAAUAUGAAGGGAAAUAAAAAAAUUGUUUAGUAAAGCUAACACGCCGAAGAAGAGCACGUUCAGAAACUACUAUUCAAGUGCCGCUAAGUCAUUUCUGCAGGCAGGAUAGUUUAUAAGAAAGUAUUUAUUUUGUAAAAAUGUCAAUGUACCAGAUGUUAAUAUUUUAAUUAUUACUGCAUGAAUAUAUAGAUAGUAAGAUAACACAUUAUAGAACCACUAAAUGUUAGAAUUAUUGGAUUUCAGAUAGUUUUUCAAUUAAAAUUGAUUAUAUUUCACAGUAUUUAUAAUAUUUUAAAAAAGUCUUGCCAAAUUGUCAUAGAAAUUAAUAAAAGUAAUUAUUAGGGAGUAUUUAUCAUAAAACACUCAAAUAACAUGAUAGUUUCUGAAAAUAUUUACUGUGAUAGUUAAAGUAACGUAACAAGUUUCGUAAUUAUGAAUCAAUAUUGUCAUAUUAUUAUGAAUAUUUAUCAUCAUCACUUAUUUAUUUAUAUAAUCCAUCACGUUUUAAUUAUUUUGUAGAAAGCCAUUUUUAUACAAAUGUAUCAUAAAUACAAAAUUCUUUUAAAUAUUUAAAAUGAAUUGCGAUAAUGUUUUUAACGACUCUCAUAAACAGAUGACAAAGAAAUUGAAUAUAAGAUUCAAUAGAAAAUACACAACGUGUUUUAUUACCAUUUUUGAAAAAUAUCUGAGCAUUUCUUAGAAAUGCAACACGGCUUUGUAAUCAAAUUUAAAAUUAACUCUUACUGACACACCAUAACAAAUUAAGAUGAAAUUACAGAAUUUAUGUUAAAUAUUUUAGUACGUAAAUAAACUAAAAAAUACUAUAUACCAAUUCAUUCUCAGUCACAUCAAUUUAUCUAAUGUACAAGGUAAAGAAAAUAUAUCUAAAAAAUGGACAAUAAGUUUUAUAAAAGUUCCAUAUUAGCACGAUUGUAUGUCAUUCAUUUCGAUACGACCAUUUUCUUUAAUAUAGAAUUCACGAAAUAAUACAAAAUUUUUAAUUGAUGUAUUGUGUAAUGUAUAUAUAUAUAUUGUAUGUCUGUCAAAUAUUACAAUAUAUUUUAUAAAUUUUAUCUUCAGAAUUGCCCGCGUUCUUAACUCUGUAUUUUUUAACUCUAAACUUUAAUGAAGCAUCUGUCCUCACUUGUCCAAAGUUUAUUUUUUUACCUUGUCAAAACAAAAUAUGAUUAUUUAUAAGAGCAAGAGUUUUUUUAUUAAAUGAAAACUCAAAAUCUUUGUGAACACUUUUGAGUAAAUAAUUGUCAUCAC